UAAGAAUUAUCAUUUGAAUGGUGAUUAAGUAAAUAAGAAUUUUAGUUUAAAAGUUAACUUAAUUAAUUUUCAAAUUAUUACUUUUAGGUGAUGUGUGUAUAGUUGGUGGUAGCUGACUAUAUUUUAUAUAACCUACGUCAACAUUAAACGUCAGUUUGACAAUGACAAGAGACGUGAUAAAAUGGCAGCCACCGCUCUUAGUUACGAUGAUUUGCGUAAGCAGGCGCGUCAUCUCGAGAACGACGUGGAUCUGAAGUUGGUGGCUUUCAGCAAGUUGGGAGCUGGGCUGAAGACGCACCAUGGAUCUGCAGCGGAUAAAGUACCGUUGCUCUCCGAUGAGGACACCUUCGAGACGAUGGCCCUGGAAAUCGAGGAUCUCCUUUCGAAGCUGACGCAGCUCAACGAGAGGAUGUCCGAGCAGCCGGUGUCGGGUGCGGCGAUGCUGCACACGCUCCAUCGUCACCGCGACAUCCUGGCCGAUUUGAGCAGGGACUUCAGGAAGACAAGUUCGCAGCACGAGCAGAAGAGGGCUCGCGAAGACCUACUUCGCGGUGGAUCAUCGCACGACUUCAGAGGCGCGGACGGCGUCAACAGAAGGGAUCAGUACCUCAAGGAGAGCACGCAUCUGCACAACUCGGACCGUCUGAUCAACGAUCAAAUCGCCAUCGCCAUGGAAACCAGGGAUAAUCUAACAUCGCAACGGCAGACGUUCAAGAAGUUGCAGACUCGCUUCAACGACAUCAUCAACAGAUUCCCCGUUAUAAAUUCGCUGGUGCAGCGGAUAAAUCUGAGGAAGAGACGCGAUUCCAUCAUCGUCGGUCUCGUCGUCAGCGCCUGCACUAUUCUCAUCCUCUUCUACACGUUUCAUUGAUUUUCGAGAUGCUCGCAAACCUAAAUGGGAGAAGAAAAUCAUCGACGAUAAAAAGAAAUCGUCUUAAGAGCAUAAAUAUUCACGUUAGUUAAGUUUAAUUUUACAUAUAUUUGUUAUAUUUAUGAGUAAGACGAGAUAUUUAUAUAAAUGGAUAAUGCCACGAAUAAAACGGUGAAAUUAUAUUAUUAA